CCGGAAGGAUUUUCAGUAGUUACAAGCAGCCAUCACGGGGGGAAAGCAGUCAAAUACCAACGACCAGUAAGAGUUAAGGAACCAGAUACCACCAACAUGCCCAAGACCAAGAAAACUACAUCCAAGAAGGACUCUAGUGAGACAGAAAAUGGGGUCCAAAAGCCUAAAUCAUCAAGCAAUAGUCAGCUAGAUAAAACCCCUCCAGCGAGCCAGCCUGUAGUUCUUUCUACUGAAGAUAUAGAGACAGUUAAUGAAGCUUCCAAGUUGAGUAUUGCUCAUGAAAUCAUAGUAAACCAAGAUUUUGCUGUAAAGGAGAACGAUUUGUCUGAAAACAGUCUGGAAAGCAAGUUUGUGGAGUCGAUGUACAAUGCAUUUUGGGACCACUUGAAAGAUCAGCUGUCAAGUACUCCUCCCGACUUUUCUUGUGCUCUUGAACUUAUAAACAACAUAAAACAUAUUUUGGUGUCACUGCUGUUACCACGUCAGAAUCGUUUAAGAAACGAGAUUGAGGAAGCACUAGACAUGGAUCUCCUAAAACAAGAAACAGAGCAUGGGGCUCUGGAUGUUCCUCAUCUCUCUAACUAUAUUCUCAACUUGAUGGCCCUCCUGUGUGCACCGGUUAGAGAUGAAGCUGUACAGGAACUAGGGAGCAUAAAAGAUCCAGUAGAGUUACUGAGGGGAAUCUUCCAUGUUCUUGGUCUGAUGAAAAUGGACAUGAUGAACUAUACCAUCAAGAACAUUCGGCCAUACUUGCAAGAACAUUCUGUUCAAUAUGAACGAGCUAAAUUCCAGGAACUCCUUGACAAGCAGCCCAAUUUCCUUGAUUGCACCACCAAAUGGAUGACUAGAGCUGCCACAGAUAUUACUACACCACUGCCGAGUACAUCUGUGUCUCCAAGCUCCUCUUCUGGCACAAUAAGUUCAUUUCCAUAUUCAAAAACUGACAGAGAGCCACCUAGUCUAACAACAGUGCUAUACCAAGGCUAUCUAAACCUUGUCCUCAGGGACUAUGGGAAUGAAGAAUUCCCUGAGACUCUACUGAUGGAUAAAGCACGACUGCAGAUUAUGAAAUCCAAAUUACGCCACUUGACUAUUCUAGCUUCAGUUUUACUUGUGGCAAGAAGUUUCUCUUGUGGUGUUUUAUUCAGCUCACCAGAAUUUGUGGAUAAACUGAAGUGCAUAACCAAGGCUCUAACAGAAGAAUUUAGCUCCAAGCCAGAAGAGUCUAUGCUCAGUGUCAGUGACCAGGUAUCUCAGGAAAUCCAUCAAGGGCUCAAGGACACAGGGCUCACUGCUCUGAGCAGUGAAAACAGGGCAUCUCUUGUAGGCCAACUCCGGAAUAUUGCCAAGGAAGAGAAUUGCAUUCGUACCAUCAUUGAACAACGGAUACAUUUGUUUCUUAAAUGCUGUUUGAUUCGUGGCAUGCGGGAAUCUCUUCUAGACUUCCCUGGAGGACUUCUUUUCAUUGAACCAGAGUUGGCAGAACUAGGCUGGAAGUUUGUUAAUUUGAUGCAUCACAAUCAGCAUGUAUUUAGUCCAUACUAUGCUGAGAUCCUCAAGAAUAUCAUGUCUGCAACAAAUGCAGAAGAAAAUGAAGAAAAACCUAUCUGAUAAUGUUGGUCCACAGUCCUGGCAUGAAGAAAAUGGAGAGGGCUUAUCAUACUCCCAGAAUGACAUCAUCUGUGGCCAGCAAUUACAAGCAGCCCUCUUUCUCACUAACAGCCAGGAUGCAACUGCAGGGGCCAAACAUAUGAAUACCCAAUGGCCCGAUCCCCUUCAUUAAUAAAUUCCUGUGCUGCAAGAAAA